AUGGGCCUAGAAAAGGUCAAGCACAUUGUGCUGGUGCUGUCCGGCAAAGGAGGCGUGGGCAAGUCCUCGGUGACAACGCAGCUGGCCCUGUCUCUGACGCUCGCCGGCCACUCGGUGGGAAUCCUCGACGUCGAUCUGACCGGCCCGUCCAUCCCGCGCAUGCUCUCGAUCGAAGCGUCCAAGGUCACGCAGGUGCCAGGAGGAUGGGCGCCGGUUACCGUCCACGAGGCCGAUCCGGAGAAUGGGCUGGGCAGCCUGCACGCCAUGAGCCUGGGAUUCCUGCUGCCCAAGCGAGGCGACGCAGUGGUCUGGAGAGGCCCGAAAAAGACGGCCAUGAUCCGGCAGUUCCUCAAGGACGUGCUGUGGGCCGAGACGGACUACCUGCUCAUCGACACGCCGCCGGGGACCAGUGACGAGCACAUAUCGCUGGCCGAAACACUACAAAAGGAUGCUCGGCCGGGUCAAGUGGCCGGCGCAGUGGUCGUGACGACGCCGCAGGCGGUGGCAACGGCGGACGUGCGCAAGGAGCUCAACUUUUGCGUCAAGACGGGCAUCCGCGUGCUUGGAGUGGUGGAGAAUAUGAGCGGCUUUGUGUGUCCGCACUGCUCGGAGUGCACCGACAUCUUUGGGUCCGGGGGCGGACGGUCCAUGGCAGAGGAGUUCAAGGUGCCUUUUCUGGGCUCGGUGCCGAUCGAUACACAGUUUAUUACACUCGUGGAAGAGGGCAAGCGGCCGUUUUAUCCGGUGGGCACGGUGGUGAAUGGCCGGGACAUUUCAACGGCGCCUUCAGAGGGCGAUGAGAGGCAGGGCAGCAGAGAUGAUGGGACGCUUGUGGACAAGUACAAGGACUGCUCGCUGUUUCAUGUAUUCGCGGACAUCACCGCACAGGUUGGUGAAAAGGUCAGGAUAGAGAAUACAUGA